AUGAUGCGCGAAUAUCAGAAUUCGAUCACGUUCAUGACGUUUGGCUGUUUUUUCACAGCUACCCCAAUUGUUUGGUACAACGUCAUGGUAUUUCUUGGGAUGACGCUCACCGGCGGUCGCUUCACCUUCACCGUGUUCAGCUGUACUUUCUAUAAAAUGACCACGCUGUCGCUGUGGUUUUGCUCGUUCCUCGUGCCAAGUAUCGUCGCCUUCAACCGCUAUCUCCUAAUCGUGCACGACAAACAGACAACGAUGUGGUUCUCCAUCAAAAUGUUGAUGCUCUGUUAUUUGCCUAUGCUCAUCGUAGACAUCCUCCACUUUUUCAUCGGGGUCCCGGUCAGCAACGACACUUGCGCAAGAUUGUUAUAUGUUAAUUUGUCGCCGAUUCCUGAGCUGUAUACUCUUUACGUCUUUGCCAUCAGCUUCAGCGGGGUCAUCUUGGGAAGU